GAAUUUUCAUGAACACCGUCAACAGUCGCCUUUAUUACAGAGGCUGCUGCGACGCAUCCUGUUUCCAAAAAGGGGCGAGACGCAAACACACGAUGGGCUACACCUCCGCCAGCAUGCUUGGAGUUACGCGGGCACACGAGUGCACGCGCACAGUUGCCGGUAUAAAGCAGAGCAAACACGGAGGUCCUCAACAUGACACGCGGAAAUGAUGCGAGAGCGAAACUCCUGUCCACGCCGGAGAAGCGCGCGCUGCGCGUCUUUACGCGCAGCUGCACCACCCAGGUCGGUCCAGAGGACGCAGACGCUGCCUGAGGUGAAGCUGAGCGCGUCAGUCGUGCUGCUCCUUCAGGUCUUCGCGGCUUCCGCGCAUCCGCAAUGCCUGGACUUCCAGCCGCCGUUCAAGCCGCAGUGGCACCUGGAGUUCUGCGCGCAGUACGAGCAGUUUGGAUGCUGCGACCAAAGAACCGACAAUACGAUCGCAGAGAGAUACUGGAACAUCAUCGAGCUGCUGGAAGCGGCGGGGCAGGAUCUCUGCGAAGACAUGCUGAAGGAAGUCAUGUGUCAGGAGUGCUCCCCUUAUGCUGCCCACCUGUACGAUGCGGAGGACCCUCACACGCCCGUCAGAGAGCUGCCGGGUCUGUGCGUCGGCUUCUGCUCGGAGCUCCAUGGCAAGUGCCGCCAUGUGCUGAAAUAUUUGACUGCAAACCGGCUGCUGCUGGACACGAGUGAGCGGGACGUGUCCACAUUUUGCAGUAUGGUUGACCUGCCCGACCAGGAUUAUUGCUACCCCAAUGUUCUCAGCAGCCCUGACCUCAACAGCAACCUGGGGCAGGUGCUGGAGGAUCCGCGGGGCUGUCUCCAGGUGUGUUUGACGGAGGUUGCCAACGGUCUGAGGAACCCGGUGCUGAUGCUGCACAGCGGGGAUGACACACACCGAAUGUUCAUCGCAGAGCAGGUGGGCUUCGUGUGGGUUUACCUGCGGGACGGCAGCCGGCUGGAGCAGCCCUUCCUGGACUUGAGCGGGGAGGUGCUGACCACCCCGUGGCUGGGGGAUGAGAGAGGCUUCCUGGGCAUGGCCUUCCAUCCAAAGUACCGGGACAACGGACGCUUUUUCAUCUACUACUCCAUCCAGGUUCACAGCAAGGUGGAGAAGAUAAGGAUCAGCGAGAUGAAGGUGUCUGUGUCGGACAUGAACAUGGCAGACCCUCACUCAGAGAGAGUCAUUUUAGAAAUCGACGAACCUGCUGCAAACCACAACGGGGGCCAGCUGUUGUUUGGUCUAGACGGAUAUUUGUACAUCUUCACUGGAGAUGGAGGGAAGGCCGGAGAUCCGUUUGGGAAGUUCGGAAACUCACAGAACAAAAGUGCACUGCUGGGAAAAGUUCUCCGUGUGGAUGUGGACAGAAGAACCCCCGCUGGAAGGCAGUAUGAAAUCCCCCCUGACAACCCCUUUCUUGACGACCCAACUGCCCGGCCAGAGGUGUUUGCUUUUGGGGUCCGGAACAUGUGGCGCUGCUCGGUGGACAGAGGGGAUCCAGUGAGCCAGUACGGCAGGGGUCGGAUCUUCUGCGGAGACGUCGGUCAAAACCGUUACGAGGAGAUCGACAUCAUUGUGAACGGGGGGAACUACGGAUGGAGGGCCAAAGAGGGUUUUGAGUGCUAUGAUAUCAAACUGUGCCACAACUCCUCCCUGAAUGACAUCCCACCUAUAUUUGCCUACAGUCAUCAUAUCGGGAAGUCAGUGACAGGGGGGUAUGUGUACAGAGGCUGUGAAUCCCCCAACCUCAAUGCCCUGUACUUUUUUGGAGACUUUAUGAGUGGGCGAAUCAUGGCACUAGAAGAAGAUAAACCCUCUGGGAUAUGGAAGGAAAGGAGGGUCUGCAUGGGCGACACCAUCACCUGCUCCUUUCCUGGACUCAUCAAUCACUACCACAAGUACAUCAUCUCCUUUGCUGAGGACGAAGCAGGAGAGCUGUACUUUUUGGCAACAUCGUACCCUAGCGCCAUGUCCCCCACAGGAACUGUGUUCAAGUUUGUGGACCCCUCCAGGAGAGCCCCUCCAGGGAAAUGCAAGCAGAAGCCUCUGCCGGUCAAAGUGAGGGGCAAGAAGUUUCCUUUUUCCCCCAAGGAAGUGACCGUGCUGAAGACGAAUGAAAAGCCCACACGACCCCCACCCAGACACUUCAAACUGACCACCAAACCCCCAGCCACAAGGGGCCAGCUCAAGCCCAAGCUCAAGCCCACCACAGCCAGCACCACAGUGGGGGACACCAAGCCCGUAAGCAACGCACCAAAGGUGGAGGACAAGAAGAAGAAAGCAGCCAAACCAUGGAGCAGGGACAAGCCCCCGAAAAAGAAACUGAAGAACACACAGAGGAAGACAGACCCUGUAAAGAAGAGCCUCAAGAAAGCCCUUAAGUUGGAUUCUGGGGGGGUCACAGCCCCAAACCAAGCUGUUACACAGAGUUCAAACAGCACCAAUGGGCCUAAAACCCAAACAAUACACUCCACAGGUAAUCACCCGCGGAAGAAGGCGACAAAAAGGCCAACCAGUCAAAAGAUUAAGAAGGAAAAGAGCGACACAGCCCCCCAAGAGAAAAACAAGGACAACAGGAAGAGAAGUAAACCAGCUCAAGUGAGAAUCCAGAAAACUAGAGGAACUCUUUAACCUGUGUCUUUCUGAUUUCACGGGGACUGAACUUUGUGUUUUAAAAGUCAGCGGGCAGAACCAACAACCCCUGAUGCCCCAUUUCCAAAUUCAGCUGUGAAAGCAUUGACCCCCUCAUCAGAUUUCAGCUGCAGGAAAAAAAAAAUCUCUUUUUUGGGCAUCUCCCAAAAUACUGAGCUGGUCUUCUAUAAAACAAAGCAUGCAUGUGCUGCGUGCACUUAUGCAUUUAAUUACACACUUUCCUCUGUGUUUAUUCCUGUCAUAAAGUCAUUUGCUGCAUAUCUGUAUUUAGCUGUGAGGUCUAUCUUUGGCCGUGCUCACAAAGCCCUGGAGAUGGUUAACUGCUCUAAUUUUACAGUCCAUCAAAGUGUUCAAAAUAAACAUCCAAAGUGUCUGA